AUGGAGGAAAUGAGUGGCAAAGUUUUAGAGUUGAGAGAUGUUGGCAUUCAAGAGUCUUGUUGUACAGACUUACCUGGGCAUGUUGAAGGCAAGAUACAGGCUUGUGUGUUUCGCUCAUCUAGUAGUUUUUGUGUUGAGAAAGUUGGUCACUGCCUUCUACAAGGCAGCUAUACACUGCUGGAUAAAAACUACUCAUCUCUAGAUAGAUCUGCAGCCUCCCCUUGCUCUGUGGCCUUAAACAGCCCAGAGGAAGUCCUCUGCAACCUGUCAAUCAUCUACAAGCAUUUCUUUGACGUCAUCAACCCUUUCCGCCUGGUGUGGGAUGCAGUCAAGCACCAGAACAUUCUAGCUGUGGCCCUGAGAAAGUUAAAGAAGGAGAGGAAGCAAGUUCAGCUCAAGUGCUGCGUAGACUACAAUGCAGGAAUCAUUGUCUGUGGGGGAUUCAUGCUUCAGAGCACCAAACCCAAAUCCAGUCCAGACUUCUUCCAGCUGGGACCCAUGCCCCAGACUCUGUCAGCCCACUGGGAAAGCCUGCAGUACAUCAAGGGCAAGCCAACCUGCUGCAUGAAGCAGUCCGGCACCCACAGGGAUCUCCUGGAGGACAAGCGCGCCACCAAACAGGUCAGGUUCUCCACUGACAUCUCCCGCAAGAAGAAGAUCAAGAUGGAGGUGCCGCCAACGCCAAUACCCAAAGCCUCAUUCCCGUCUUCAGUGUUUCAGUUUGAUGAGGAUGGUGAGAAUCUAGAAUCUAUUUCUAACAGGGAGGCUGAAAUGCAAGAUGUCGCUGCUUGUGAUGUUGACGCCAUCACCGCCACCCUGCCCACGGCCAGUGCGUGUAAAUUUAGAUUUCUAGCUUGUGUUGAGCUGCACAGCAACUUUUCCGAGACUUUGGGGAAUCUUUUGAAAAUAUUUCAACAAGAAGCUGUACUAGUUGUGUUUGUCACUCCUAGAAAACUACCAAGCUCUUCAUCUCCGUAUGUGUUGUGCAUGUACCGAGCUCACUCAGGCUGUGGAUCAGUUCCCAGCAUGAUGCAUAAAACAGAAUCCAACUUGAACGUGGUGCUGAGGGACAGGAACCUGGACCACGUCACACCCUGUGCUGACGUCACAGCUGCCCUGACAAUCAUGUGUCGUGGUGUGGAGGAAAUCCUAGCAACCCACCUGGCCAGGGUUUAUGUCGUCUUUAAAAAAUACUGGGGCGACGUGACCCAGAUCAGCAGCUGGGAGCCCCUGUUGGUCAACGCUGAGAUGGAAAUCAUGGCCAAAGUCAACGCCAAAAUCUUCCAGCAAGACGAAGCUACAAAAUUUAAUUUAUUCGAGCAAGAAGCCAUGUUUCAGAUCUCCCACUGCUCAUUGACUGCCAGCAACAAGCUUGAAGUUGAUGUUCAUGGGGAUGGUAACCAUGACCCCCACCCUGCCAUGAUGAGCACCUGCUUUUGUCUGAGCCUUGAUGACAUGUUCACAGAAACCUUAAACAACAUUGUCAACAUCCUCGGCUGUGUUGUAGCCCAUGUUCAACCUCAGAACAAACCUGUUGCAGGGGACGCAACAAAUUACCAGGACACCAGACACCAGGAUGGAGAUCUGUAUUUAAUUUCUAUUGUACGAGAUGAUGAAAAGGACAUGUACACAAACGCUUUUUCUGCAUACGUGUACAGCCAACACGGGCACGUGUUCAAGUUUGAGAAUGGCCAGGAGCUGCUCACAUACCUGACAUCCGCUCACCCAGAUAUUUCUCGGACUCAUCACGUCCAGCUCUCCAAGCUUGACAAAAACACAUCCCUUGAGGAUGAACUUUCUAAAUUCAGAAAUGAAAACUCCUUUCACUUCUUCUCACCAGUAAUGGAUCUCUCCCCUGAUGCCUAUCCCUGCAUGCUUAAAGAAAGCCUUAACAUACCUGCCUCUGCUGAUGAGCUUUCAGCAACUCCCAUGGACAAAAGUUCCAACUUUGAUUUGAUCUCAUUUGAAACCCCUGAGCUCUGUGGUUUCAAAACUCCCGUAGUGAACACAUCAUCCAGCGACAACUUCAGCUGCCUGUUGGUCAGCAGCCUGCCCAAAAUUGUCAUCACCCCAUCCCCUUGCCAGAGUUCCUCACGUGAACUAGUUCCAGCGCUUCCAGACCCCUCAGUCCUGAAACCUCCGCAGAUUGAUUUAACAAACUUGAAGGCGGUCAUGCCUGAGACUCCUCCCAGUGACCCUAAGGAUAAUCCCCACCCCCAUCAAGUCAUCCCCACACAUUGCGUUCAACCCUCCAUCUCACAAGAAGACCAGGAUAAAUUUUUCAUUCCUGUGUCUAUGCUUACCCAGAUGAACCCUGACCCCAGAUGCUUCAUUGAACAAGUGUCUGGUUCCACUGAGGAAUCUGUUGAUAGUGAGGUGUGCAACAUCAUGAAGAACGCGUCUCUGUGUAUGUACAAUGAGGACAGCUCCAGUGGGACGUACACGUAUUCUGGUGGGUCAACACCCGAGGUGGAGAGUUGUAUGUCUUCAGCUUCUGUGGAGGAGAUGGAAAGUAGGAUGGUGUUUGCUGCCACUGAGAGCAGCUGGAAGAUUUCUUCAUGCUUGGGUCCUCUGUCUGGUGAUGUGGGCAAGGAUAGUUGUCUUGUUGAGAAAAGUGUUGGGGAUUUUUUAAAGAAUGGAUAUGAUGUCAAGGAUGGUGUGAUCAAUGAUGGUGUAGUUAAGGAUGAAGGAGUGUUCAAUGAUGAAGGUGUGGUCAAGGAUGGUAUCAUCACAGAUGUGGUCAAAGAUGAUGUGGUCAAAGAUGUGGUCAAAGAUGUGGCCAAGGAUGAUGUGGUCAAAGAUGAUGUGGUCAAAGAUGUGGUCAAGGAUGUGGUCAAAGAUGUGGUCAAAGAUGAUGUGGUCAAAGAUGAUGUGGUCAAAGAUGAUGUGGUCAAAGAUGAUGUGGUCAAAGAUGAUGUGGUCAAAGAUGAUGUGGUCAAAGAUGAUGUGGUCAAAGAUAAUGUGGUCAAAGAUAAUGUGGUCAAAGAUGAUGUGGUCAAAGAUGAUGUGGUCAAAGAUGAUGUGGUCAAAGAUGAUGUGGUCAAAGAUGAUGUGGUCAAAGAUGAUGUGGUCAAGGAUGAUGUUACCAAGGAUGAUGUUACCAAGGAUGAUGUGACCAAGGAUGCAGUCAAUGAUAAAGAUGUGAGCAAAGAUUUGGUAAAAGAUGUGGUCAAUGAUGUGGUUGAUGAUGUGGUCAAAGAUGUGGUCAAAGAUGUGGUCAAAGACGCAGUCAAUGAUGAUGUGAGCAAAGAUUUGGUAAAAGAAGCUUUGGUCAAAGAUGUGGUCUAUGAUGUGGUCUAUGAUGUGGUCAAAAAAGAUGUGGACAGAGAUGUGGUCCAAGAUGCUGUGGUCAAGAAUGCAGAUGUGCAUAAGGAAUUAGUUCUAAAGGAAUUCGUAUCAUCCAAGACCAUUGAUUUAGCCCAGGAAAAUGAUCCGUAUCAGCUGAUGACGCUAUCUAAACUAGAUACAGCCUUAGUUGUUCAUCUCAACGACCACAGAAGCCCAUUUGGUCAACAGAGGGGCAGGGCAUCAGGGAAUUUGUUACUUUAUCAUGCCACACAGAGGGACAACAAAAACAUCUUGGGUUUUGUACUAUUUAGUGAUACUGCAGUAACGCAUGCCAGGCUGUCAAUGAGUCACCCCUGUUGUUUUAGUCACCUGGAGAAUGCUGUCAGUCUAUUAAUAGCCAUGUACAUAUUAGAAGAGCUGGGCGGCGCCAGCAAGGAACACCUGAAGGACAAGAUCCUGUUGAUACAGCCUCCUAUUUACCAUGACCCAGCAGUGUUGAUGUUCCUAGCUGGCAGACUGGGGUGUAAGCAGAUCAUCACAUCCUCCAGCAUCCCCUCCGUCAGGGACGACCUCCACACCCUGGUGCCCAGCUCUGUCGUCCUCAGCGAGCCAGUCUCAGCUUUAUCAGUGCUGCCCCAGACUGGGGGGGAGAGGUGUAGCUUGGUCGUCAUGUACCAGCAGGAUGAAGUAGAAGAGUUCCUGUCUCUUGUGGACUUCUCCGGCACUUUGGUGCUGUGUGGCAACAUCAACCCUCUACAGAACAUCGGCAUGAGCUGUUUCUUGAAGAAUCUGAGCAUUCACAGCCUUGAUGCCUGUUAUGUGGUCCACCAUUUUCUUACCCUGACUGGCCGACACAGGCAGAAGUUUGAGACAGAAUUCACGCAGCAUCUUUUGGCGCUUAAUGAUGUGAUAACUGCUGAAUACUGCGCAGGCAAUGAAACCUGUUUCUACCAAUCCAUCGCCAGUGUGAAAAAAUUGCCCCCCAACUCCCAGCCCAGUGAACACGUGGUGGUUGAUGUGUUCAUGUCCAGGCAACUCUCCCCCUCACAGAUCCUGAGCUCCCUGACUGGUCAGGAGUCCAGCGUGGUUCAGUACUUGCACUCAGCCAUGACCCACCAGAGCCACUCUGCCACGGAAACCAUGCCUGCGUUUGUAUUCCCUGAAACAUUGGCAAUGACAAGCCCUCAUCUGGCUGGGAGCCAGAGGCGCCAGUCCAGCCUGGAGAUCUACCCAGAGCUGUUUCCUGUUUCCCUCAACUCAGAGGUCCAGACGCCAACGGUCAAGCUUUUGUCAUGUGACAUGGACAUUGACCUGCUGGGUAAGAAGUCUUUAGACACAGCAGAGGACAACUCCACAAGGUUGACAGUUGAGAUUGAGUUUCCUGUUAUGUUUACGCGAGGAUUUCAGCUGGGCUCAGCUCUGCUGGAUGUGACCGCCCCGCCCCUGGCUGAGACCAUUGUUCCACUGAACGACUGCACCAAUGGGACCCCACUCUAUAUUGUACAUCCUAUAAUGGGAACUGUGGAGUGCCUGAAACUGCUGGGAGAAAACCUGAGGCUACCAGUUCUGGGCAUCCAGUGUUCCAGCCAAGCCCCUCUCAUUAGUGAAGAAGGAAUUAGCUCCAUGGCCAAAUUUUAUUUAGAAGAGAUCAGCCAACACUGUCCUACAGGGGUGUUUCACUUGGCUGGGUACUCGUUUGGUGCUGUGAUAGCUCAUGAGAUGGCAACACUGCUGCAGGGCACGGACAAGCUACAGACCCUGAUCUACCUAGACGGCAGCCCUGGAUAUGUGACAGCCCACUUUGAUCAUGAGAUGACGUUUGUCCCCAGAAAUAAAAGUCUGUAUGAGCGCUACACCUGUGCUGUGCUGCUGGCCUUCAUCAGACUUUACCUGCCAGAGUUUUCUACUGCUCACGCUGCCUCGCUGCUCACCUCCCUGGCCAGCUCUGAGCAGCAGAUUGAGAUGGCUGUGGAUAUAUCCCUGGGCUACAUCAAGCUAGAUGUUGCCUACGGGAUGAAAAAAAGAUGGCGGCUGAUGUCUGAGAAGAUUUUCAAGCUGCGGAAACUACACUCUUACAGGAAACGUAUAGCCUCGUCUAGGUCAUGUGACAUAUCCUGCUCCAACUGCAGGAAGUCCCUGUCUGAGGGUAGUUUUCUGGAACCUGAUGCAGGGGACCUGACCUGCGACUUGGAGGACCAGGGGGUCUUUGUUACUGACCAGGGGGUCUUUGUUACUGACCAGGGGGUCUUUGUUACUGACCAGGACUUUGGUGUAGGGCUGGGUCAGGAUGGACAUGCGGGUCUGGGUCAGGAUGGACGUGAGGGCCUGGGUCAGUCUGUGAUAUGCCGCAGCCACACCCAGGAGCUGAGGGAGGUGGUGCCUGAGUUCUUCAUGGCUGAGCCGUCGUGUUCUGUGGCGGAUGUUACAGAUAGGGUUGUUUUCCUGCUGCGUAAGCAGAAGGCGGAGAGGUUCCUGCAGAUGGGUCUGAUGAUGAGAAACUAUAAGCCUAAAUUUUUGGAGGAAGUACCCACAGUUUUAGUGCGUGUCAACAGCUCACCUGGUCAUCUGACUGACCAUCAACUGGACACUCACUAUGGACUGGCCAGGCUAGUUGAUGUCAACAACUUGCAGGUGUUGGCUGUAGAGGGAGAUCACCACAGCUUUUUACAAAAGCGUUUUGUUGGCGGCCUGGCCACAAAGUUAAUGGAUGUGUUGAAGGUUUGAUGUUGGCCAUUUACUGGAUGUCUUGAAAGUUUGA